AUGGAAACUGAUCAUGAUUCUUUCUAUUUGACUGCACCCACCAGCCCCAAAAGACUCAGCAUGGACGGUUUGUCUUUCUAUAGUGCCCCAACUAGCCCUACUACAAAGCCUUUUAAAUCUUUCUACGAUCUUGAAACCGAGCCAACCACACCAAAUCCCUAUGAAGAUGCAAAUUCUGGUUUCAUUGACUUCGAAUUUGAAACCAGUCGUCGUUUUAAUCUCCCCGAUUAUGAUCAUGACUUCGAAACGAGCCCGACUUUCGAGAUGCCAUGCUUGCAACAGAAGCAACAAGAGAAGGAGCACUGCAAAGGGUCAUCACUUCCUGCCAUGGCAUUUGCUGAUGAACUGUUUUGUAAUGGGAAAGUCAUGCCACUAAAGCUUCCUCCACGCCUUCAAUAUGGUAACAGUGUUGAAAAUAACUCAACUUUCUCUUCACCAAGGUCCCCAAGUGGGAGGCUGAAAUUCCCAUUUCAACGUAGGAGCUUGUGGAAUGAUGAUUUUGAUCCUUUCAUGGUGGCGUUGGAGACUGUCAAGCAGGAACAAAGAGAGAAAACUCAUAGACGAGCUCGCUCUAUGUCACCACUACGAGUCAGGGGCCCAGAAAAGCAUGCUAAUAGCUCAAUUAGCUUCAAAAAUCAUCAGGACGUCAAGCAACCAAGACCGAAUUUAGAUGGCCAGAUGGAGCUCAAUGGCUCUGGGCCUUGUUCAAUAUGGGCUCCUAAUCAGAAAGGGAAUAUGGGUCGACAUGAACAGAGAAGUCCCAUUAGGCUGGCUGAGCCCAAAGGAGUAUUGUUUGCUCGACAUGCGAGGCUUGUGAAAAUGGGCCAUGAAAAGCUGGGAAAGCCCAGCUUGAGAAAUGGGCCUGAACCGGGCGAGACCCAAGAGGAUCCUAAAGAAGGAACAAGGGGAUCAAAGAGGGAAAAAAUAAAGAAAUUUCUACUCAAGAGUGCAUCCAUAGGGAGAAGAGGCAAUGAGGAGAAGGCAAAAGAUGAAAGUGAAACAUUGCCCAAGAGAAGUUACACAAGGAAAUUCAGCUUUAAGUCCAUGAAAUUAGCCCAAUACAAUGAAGAGAAAAGGGUGUCUGAAGUGACCAAAAUGACAAUAAUGCAAUACAGGCCUAAGCUAUUUCUUUGCAUGGGUAAUGGGAGAAGGUAUGCGGAUUAA